AUGGAUAGAAAAUCUUCCUUCGCCAUCUCUCAUCAUCCUGUGAUCAUGUCUCCCGAUGCAUUCAUUCCCAUCCCAUCCACCCGAGAUGAGCACAUGCUCAUUGAAGAGUGCGACUGCAUGACUCUGGAGAGGAACCGGAAUAUUCGUCCAAGACUCAGUGCUGAAGUCCAGGCCUACUUCCCGGGGAUUUCCCACCCCUCCCAUGAGGAAAAGAGAGUCUUGAAUGACAAUUCCCGUGGUAUCAUCAACGAGGAAUGGAGGGGGAAUGCGGAGCACCUCAUCCCAUUGGUAGGGGGCCUCAUGGGGAUCCUUCUCCUCCACAUGGAGGAUCUCCACUUCCUCCCCUCUGCAGUGAAUGAGUUUGCCGAAGAGAUGAGAGAGGACGGUGGGGGAGGAGGCCUCGACGCUCCAUCUCCCACCAGAGUCCCAACCGGCUUUGCGCUACUUGAUGAGCUCCGCUGUCGACGAUGAAGAGAGUACGGAUGGCUCGGGAGAUCCCCUCCACCACCCAAGGGUCUUCAACUCCCACGC